AUGGCUCAUGGACAGCAGAAAAUUCAGUCUCAACAGGAAGCCGCCAAGAACAAAAGAAAAAACAGUCACAGUCAGGAGAGUGCAGCAAAAUCAUCCCUAAUCUGUACCUGCAGUAUUUGUAUGACUCGCUUGCCGGAUCCCAAGAUAUUUAAGCAACAAUUACAACAUCCAAAGACACUACUUCCUCCAGAACUAGUAGAGGCUUAG